AUGGCAGAAGAUGAAGCUGAAAACGCAUUUUUCCAAGCACAGGCUUUGAAUGCGGGUCCUAUGGGUUAUGAAGCAGCUACGGAUCAGGAUGGAGAUAGUUCAGACUCAGACGAUUAUGAUCCUACCAAAACAGUUCAAAAUCAUGAAGAUCAGUAUUCUGCGCAGUUAACAGAUUCAAAACAGAGUGCUGUUUCAAAUACUUCUUCAGCUUCCUCACAGCGGAGGUCUAUGUCCCAAGAUUUCUCUGAAGCCGCCCUGGGCCCUUUUGCUGUUGUCGAGGAGGAUAGUGACCAAGAUAGAGGCGAUGCUGAAUAUGAGCCUCCUGCAGCGUUAAGUCAUGUCCACAGUGAUGGAGAUGGUGAUGGCAGGGAUGGGGAUGGGGAUGAUGAUAAUAUGGCUUCUUCUGGCAAUCGCCAGCAUUCCCUUUCUCAAAGUGCAAAUGGAAAUGUUUCUCAGUAUCAUGUAUCACAUCACAUGCAGACUGUUCAAGACAAAAACUCUCCUCAAGAUGUUCCUCCUCCUAAUAGUUCAUCUCUUACUCCUUCCUAUGCUGGUAUUUCGGCACCAAGUGAUGGUGCCUCCAACUAUUUGCAGGACGAUUUAAAACCACCGACCAUGACAGCUGGCGAUGCUACCCCUCAAUCUGCGAACAGGUCUACGUCCUCUACUCCUACGGCCGCUGCGUUGUCGCGAGGCCGCCUUCCGCAUGAUCGAGUGGGUAUAUUAGAGGAUAGGAUUCAGGCUGAUCCACGGGGCGAUACGGAUGCCUGGUUGGAGUUGAUCAACGAACACCGUUCUCGAAAUAAGCUUGAGAGUGCACGAGAGGUCUACGACAGAUUUUUCAAGGUUUUCCCGUCAGCUGCUGAGCAAUGGGUUGCAUAUGCGAACAUGGAAUCGGAAAAUAACGAGCUCUAUCGAUUAGAGCAGAUUUUUAAUAGGAGUCUCUUGUCCAUACCUAAUGUCCAGUUAUGGUCUGUAUAUCUCGAUUAUGUUCGUCGCCGUAAUAAUUUAACCACAGACACAACCGGUCAAGCUCGAGGUAUCAUUUCAUCCGCCUACGAUUUUGCUUUGCAGAAUAUUGGAGUGGAUAAAGACUCUGCAAAUAUCUGGGUUGAUUACAUCCAGUUCAUUCGCUCCGGACCUGGAAACAUUGGUGGUUCUGGCUGGCAAGAUCAACAGAAGAUGGAUCUUCUGCGAAAAGCGUACCAGAGAGCUAUAUGCGUCCCUACACAGGCUGUCAAUUCCCUUUGGAAGGAGUACGAUCAGUUCGAAAUGGGCCUGAAUAAGUUAACUGGUCGGAAAUUCCUCCAGGAAAGAUCUCCAGCAUAUAUGACAGCGCGGAGCUCCUUUACCGAGUUGCAGAACUUUACCAGAGACCUUGUUCGUGCCUCGUUACCUAGAUUACCCCCCGCGCUUGGAUGUGAGGGUGAAGAAAUGUACAACAAGCAAGUGGAGAUAUGGAAACGCUGGAUUAAGUGGGAAAAAGACGAUCCUCUAGUACUGAAAGAUGAGGAUGCUGGUGCUGGCUACAAGGCCCGAGUGCUUUAUGUUUACCGACAGUCCUUGAUGGCCUUGAGGUUCUUGCCAGAGAUAUGGUUUGAUGCUGCGGAGUUCUGUUUCCAAAAUGGAAUGGAGUCUGAAGGCAACGACUUCUUAAAGCAAGGAAUAGAUGCAAAUCCCGAGAGCUGUUUGCUUGCAUUUAAACUCGCUGAUCGGCUUGAAGUUACCACAGAAUCUGAGCAGGACUCUAAGAAGCGUGGCGCCAAAGUCAGGGAACCUUAUGACAGACUGCUUGAUGCUUUCUACGACUUAAUUUCGAAAGCCAAGGCGCAGGAAAUUAAAGAUAUAGAUUUUGUCGAAAAAAGCUUUUCUUCUGACGCAGACAAGCCUCAGCGGCAAGUCAUGGUCAUAAACAAUGAUGAUGACGAUGAGGGAGAUGAUGUUGCAAAGGCAAGGGAAGCGGCGAAAAAUCGUCAGAUCGAGGCUUUGAAAAAGAGACAUGCUGAAGAAAUUGGCCAGCUGUCGAAGGUCAUAUCCUUUGCUUGGAUUGCCCUCAUGAGAUCUAUGCGCCGCAUUCAGGGAAAAGGCAAACCAGGAGAAAUGGCAGGGUCGAGGCAAAUUUUUGCUGAUGCGCGCAAACGCGGGCGCAUAACUAGCGAUGUCUACAUCGCGAGUGCGUUACUGGAACAUUAUUGCUAUAAAGACCCUGCCGCGACGAAGAUAUUCGAGCGCGGCGCAAAACUAUUCCCCGAGGAUGAAAACUUCACACUGGAAUAUCUUAAACAUCUCAUUGACAUCAACGACAUUACGAAUGCGAGAGCCGUGUUCGAGACUUCAGUCAGGAGACUUGUAGCAAACCCAGCCAACACAUCCAAAGCCAAACCCAUUUUCUCCUUCAUGCACGAGCAUGAAUCAAGAUAUGGAGAUAUGGUCCAGAUUCUAAACCUCGAAGCUCGGAUGCGAGAGUUAUUCCCUGAAGACCCUGCCCUCAAACAAUUCCCCCACCGCUUCUCUACGCCAACUUUCGACCCCACUGGCUUCCAACCAAUUCUCUCCCCUUCCCAGACGAAACCAAAGCUAUCCUCUAUUACUCCCACGGAAGAAGAGAUGCAAUCACGCCAGGACUCCCCCUCCGCCCGCUACCUCGGAGCGCCGGGGGCAGCUGCAGGGCCGGGACCGCCAUCAACAACAACCCACUCCCCCAAGCGCCCCUAUGUGCUCGAUGAAUUGGACGAAGACUCCUCGAAUCGUCCGCGUAAGUUCGUGCGAGCUGAGUCGCCACUGAAAGGCGCAGCAGGCCGGCGGCUGAAUCAGCAGAAGCAACAGAUUCAGCAACAGGUGGUGAAUGGUAGCGGUGGAGGUGGGGGAGGCGGGAUGGGUGGUGCGUAUGGUGGUGGAGGUCAAGGGAACAAACCACCCAUCCCAGUUCCGCUGCCGAGAGAAAUCAUGUUCCUGCUCAGCAUUAUUCCGGGCGCAUCGACGUACGAUGCUACGAGGUUUUCGCCGGAGAAGAUGGUUAUGCUAUUGCGUCAUUUGGAAGUUCCGUCGUCGGUGAGUCAGCUUAGACCGCCUGUUCCCCCGCUUGGGGUUGCUGGUGGUACUGGGGUGGUGGGGGGUUUGAAUCGUGGGCAGUAUAUGGGUGGCUACCGCCCUGGUUCAUAG